AACCUCUCGUGGAACACUACCGACGAGGUGCUCCACCAGACCUUCGCCGCCUACGGUCAGGUUCUCGACUACAUCGUCAUGAAGGACAGAGAGACUGGCCGCUCGCGCGGCUUUGGCUUCGUCACCUACGCCACUCAGGCUGAGGCUGACGCCGCGAUCAACGCGAUGAACGAGCAGGAGCUCGACGGCCGUCGCGUCCGCGUCAACAUGGCCAACUCCAAGCCCGCUGGUGGUGGCUACGGCGGU